CUGCAAUAGGUAGUCUCGUCAAAGAAGAUAGUCAAUCCUGGUCAAUCUAUUGAUUUAACGAAACAUUACGUUACAAGAGUCAUGACAAAAUCAAGCAAUAGAAGUGAGGGACGUCGACUAAUGCUUCGCUUUAUUCUGCUCUCCUUGGUCAUCGUAGCUAAUUCAUCCAAGCAUACGACGACGACAUCGUCUCGACUAAUCGGAGAAUCUAAUUCAGACGGUUCAGAUCAGACUAUGGAAGUGAGUUCUACCAAUGCUCCUACUACGCAUAUACCUAUAUCACCCACGGACUUCAUCGAAAAAGAAAACCAUGAAGACAAGAUUUCCUUUCAACCAUCACAUCCGACAGGUGAAAUUACCACAUCAAUCGUCGAAUCAUCGACUGAAUCAUCGGUCAGCCAACUGGAUACUACUAUUUGGGUGUUCCGAUUUUCCUGGUCAUGGGUAACCAUCGCACAGUCCACCAUUUCUUUGAUUGGUAUUCUAGGAAACCUCCUGGUCGCCGUCGUCAUGGCAGUUCGUAGAUCUACGGCAAGCUCAACAGACUUAUUCAUCGCUGCUCUAGCCAUUUCUGACUUGUUGACGUCGAUCUUGAACAUUCCCAUUCCAAGAGCACUGCAGGUUCCUGAUAACAUUUUGGGAAUGCUGUAUUGCAGACUCUUCUAUACUGGUUGCCUGACAUGGAUCUGUGUCAUCUCCUCGACCUACAUCCUCGUUGGAGCUUCUUUCGAGCGUCUGGCAGCGGUUGUCUAUCCUUUACGCUUCAAGGACAUCUUCACCCACCGGAGGGUUAAUAUCUUCAUCAUAGUAGCUUGGUUAUUUUCAAUCUUAUCCUGCUCUUACUAUCUUAUUACUUUAGUAGUGGAUGCCGAUCUCCCUUCCCGGAUUUAUUGUGCACUCUCGGAUUCCGAUUCUUCUUUACUUCAGGCGAUCAACUUGUUCAAUUUCGCCAUAAGGCUGGUUAUUCCAGUUGCUCUGAUGAUCAUUUCCCAGACAGCGAUGGCCGUGGUGCUGCAUCUGCAAUCAAGUCAAAUGAAGCAAGCCAUGUCUAAUAGUUCAAAGCAGUCGUUCCACGUCUCUGCCCGUAACCGUGUCAUCAAGGUUAUGCUGGUUGUGAUCAUCAUCUUUAUUCUGUGCUGGGCUCCAAGUCAGGUUGCAUUUGUUAUCGUCUCCUACAGGGGAGCAGCUUUCGCAAAAGCCUACAUAGCAGGCACCGUCCGUCAGACUCUGAACUUGUUAACCUUUAUCAACUCGUCCAUCAACCCUUUCAUCUACGCAGCCCAUUAUCCUAAAUUUCGCGCUGCCAUCAAAGAUGUCUUUUCUGGUAAAACACAGAACGUCCCAUUGUUUGGUACGGAUAGCCACCAUGGGAUGAGUAAUGAAAUGACUGAUGGCAAUCCUUAAUCUGCUUAUCAACUACAUGACCAUGGCCGAAAAAAAUGUAUUGUUGUAAUAAUCACUUAAAUGGUUCCCCUCUAAAGAGUUGCAAAUACAUUUUGCACAAAAGUGCACCGACACAAUAUACAAGUAGAUACAGAGUUCGGUAUAAGACCAAGUAACUGCAUCUUGAGUACUAGUAUUUGGCAAGGAAUAAGACAUGGUAAACCCAUCUGACACAAAGAGGUAUCUUUUAAAUGAAGGGAAAACUUUGAAAUCUACCCUUG